AUGUCAUCACAACCUCUCCAUUUAGUGGCCAUCGCCACUCUGCAGGAUGGCAAACUUCAAGGCGCCCUCGACGCAAUCAAAACCCUAACCGAGGAAGCCCACAAAAACGAGCCCGGUCUCUUGCGAUACUUUUGCUUCACGACCAAGAAUGAACAGGGUCAAGACCAGGUUAUUUUUGUUGAAAAAUAUUCCGAUGAAGAAGUGCACAAGGUUCACCAUGCCACGGCGCAUUUCCAGGCCUUCGGAAAGAAAGCUGCGGAGUUUCUCGCUGGACCUCUUGUGAUCAGAUCCGGAAAUUAUGCUGCUGGGUUUGAGAAUAGGGCGAAUUUGUAA